AGGGCAAGCAUAAAAAUAUUUUCCUGAAUUUUUUUGACCUAUAGGUCAAGAGUUAAGGGUCCCUGAAGGGUCAACAUAGUAACCAUGGUAACCAGGCUUCAUAGCCUGUCUCAGGCAGCAUACUUAUGUUUGUAUAAACUGGUCCCUUUCUCAUAUACAUAUCUUUAUGCACCAUCUUGUUUGGGGAAGGAUUGGGUUAAUGGUUGGGGUGAUGAAUAUCCCCUAAAAACUGAUGCAUUAUAAAUAUAUGAGGUGAUGGGAGACCCCUUAUCCUUGCUGGCUUCUCCAGUCGACAUUUUGAAAUUUAAGUUUUGGAGUUUGUACUUACUGGUAUCCGCUCAAUUAUUAAUUUUUAAAAUUGAAGAUGACGUUGCAUAACUUAAUUUAUGGAACACUGUAUGUGUUAUAUAUAGUUCAUUGUGUUUGUGGUAAAAGUUGCGCGAAUGUCGAUAAAAUAGAAAUAGAUAAACAGGUUAAAGUUGUGUGUGAUGAGACGGAUAACCUGGGUGGAUUGGUUAUCUGGUUCAAGGAGACAUUACCAUCCAAUUGCAGUGGAUUUCUGAUAUGUAAUCAAACGAUGUGUAUGGAAAUUAAUGAAACUGUUAUGUUCUUCAGUGACACUAUCAAAAUUGAAGAAGUAGAGUAUGAAAAUAAAAAGAUACGGGUAUGGGGAAGUGAAAGCUAUGUAACUUUUUAUUUUAAAAGUUUCGUGGAUGCCAGCCGUUAUCUACUAAAUAACAUCACAAUUUCAAACGCCAACCACACAUUUCCAUCCAAUAAACUAUCCGACUUAACUCAGGAAAAAAUUAGUGACACUUAUUGUAAUAUAGCGGCUGAAACGAAGAACUGUACCACCAAGCAAGCAGUAACUAAAGCUAUUCAAGGCACUACUCCUCUUCCUUCUGCAUGCACAGUUCUAAUUCUGUGCAACCAAAUAUCAUGCAUCAGGUUCAACUACACAAGUCUCCUGCAUUCAGCCUUCUUUGCCAGAAAGCACACGUUUAUUCCUACCAACGAAGGUAAAUUGCCAUCUUGCUUUCAUCUUCGUCAAGAUGCAUUUUUCCAUCCUGGAUCUCUCUGACGCCCACGUGGUAUUAUACUUUCCUUGGAGAAAGCUAAAGUUAAAAAGGCGCCAAGCGGAUUACCUUUCAAUCUCCCUGGAUAUAGGUAAUUGGUUAUUUUGGAUGAGUUUUUUUAUUUUUGAAGUUGCGAUUGGAAUCUUUAUGAAAUGAUUCUUUAUUAACAUAAUUUUAUUAUUGGUAUUAAUUAAGAUAUUGCGGGCCUGCCACCGAUAUUGAGAAGCAGGAUGAUCUCGGUGGCCCAAUAAAUGCUGUUGAUGCAGCAUGCCGCAAACAUGACGUCGAUUAUUUGCUAGGGGUUCUACCAUCAGAGGCAGACGAGGCACUUCUAACUACUGUGCAAUUACAUCGAAAAGAUCUGUUCCCACUUUUUGCGGCCGCAAUGAGUGCCAAAAAAUAUUUCGAAAGUCAAAUUGGAGGGUCCUAUACAUCCUUCUUAUAUUUCUACCCAGCAGGAUUUUAUCCCAGUUUAACUUUGCAUUUUGCACAUGAAACGGUGUACGAUAAAACUUCAGCAGGAACACUAACAACUGCUCGUGCCAUCUGGGAAGGCCAAGCUCAGGAGUCAAAGUGGAUAAGUAUUCUGCAAAAUAUUUGGCUAGGGAGCUGCUACACGGUGGAUCCAGAAACUAAUGUAAAUCCACCGCAUAUCGAUCAAAAACAGUCUGACAUGAAUUCCCUCGUCAUGCCAUGCUCAAAUGUGGAUGAAAUGGACACCAAUGCAGACGCACUUGAGGAUGGUGAUGGAGAUGAUGAACGUGGGCACUGUGGACAACGUGAAGAGUUAGGGGAAGGGUCAGCUCCUGGCGGUGAAUCACCAAUGGACACUUCAAAUACAGAGUAUGCAUCCAAGAGUACAGAAGGUGAAGAUACAUGUGUGGGAACAGACAUUUACCCAACGGCCCCUUACAAAGGGGGAUGUAGGAUGAUUUUGAACGAAUUUGCAACCAAGAAUGAUGAUAACCAGAUUUCGUUUAUUGAACAUGUUCGUAUUUGCCCAAAAGGCGCUCGUCCUCCAAAAACUAAUUCACUUAACGGAUUCGUUGAAAUAAUCCUUGUGGGCGGGAUGACUAUCCACCAAGUAAUGUACGCAUCUUUCCAGAACAAGAUCUUCUCAAUCAUACAAGAGAAACAAACUACGCAACGCAAAAUAAAAAAUUUCUACUUUGUCCUCGGAUCGAAACAAGUUGCACCAGAUAUGUUGUUUUCUGACAGCCAGAUUACUAGUGACCAUCUCGAAGGAAUCUUACCUGCCGAGUCAUUGACGUACUGCAUAAUUUUACUUCACUUCGGACACAAUCAAGGGCAAUUUCAUCAAGCAGUUCAAUCUUUUUCACUAAUCCAAAAUGUUCCACCCGGCAGUGACACGGUAGGCUAUCUCCCAACCCCCAUAAACGACGAAAAGAUGAACCUUAUAAACGAGUUCAUUCAAGAUGUCCUAAUUGUUGGUCCUCCUUGUCCGGAUUCUGAGUGUGGAUAUUUCUAUUCCCUUCUCAGAGCUAAAGAACAGGUAUUGGGGGAAGGUGAAAUGCGAAUUCCUUUAUCUGAUGUUCCUAGACGGAAUGAUGGAACCAAACCUUACCUUAGUCUUUCGAGGUGCAGUCCUACGAGUUUUCCUAUGCAACAAUUAGCCUUUGAAAUUGAGAAAGCAACACCGAAAGCGAAAAACGACUGUAAACAACCAAAUACUAAACUCCCAUUCCAACUACUUGGUGUUUCACUACAGGCGACAGCUCAAAAGUUAAUUGUCAACGCCAAAGUAUUCUUUGACAGUAACCAGGUACAGUGUGAAAUACUAACAGGAAACUCUGUCACCAAAACUAGCCAGAUUCUAGGAAUUGGAGAGAGAACAGUUUAUCAGACAAUGGAGAAUUACAAAACGAAUAGUAUAAAAACACCUGGUAAGAAACGUAUUAGACCAACGCCAGUGAUGGAUCAGUUUGACGACUUCCGAACUGAGCACGUUAAACGAAUCAUUCAUCAAUUCUAUGCUAAUAAUCAAGCACCAACAAUGCAUAACGUAUACACAAAACUGAUGGAGGAAGUCAAGGAAGAAGAAGAUGGUCGGAUAGCCCGAGGAGAAACUCUUACAGCGUUCAAAUGUUCCAAGUGGACGUUAAGAAAACUCAUUAAGCAAUUAGGAUUUAAAUUCAAAACUGUUGAUAAGCGAGCAGUUAUCCUCAUGAGAUCAGACAUCGUGCAGAAGCGAUAUGAAUAUCUGUCCGUAAUGAUUAAAAAUCGUCAGUCCGAGAACCCACAAUGUGUUGUCUACACAGGUUUGGCUGAUUAAAUAUCAAAAAUGUUUUAAUUUAAUUUAAUAUAAUUAUUAAUGCAUUAUAUUUAUUCAGAUGAAAC